AUGGGGAAUUCUUCAUCAUCAAUCACAGAGGGAUCCAUCCAUGAUUUCGUCGUCAAGGACACUAAAGAUCAAGACGUCAGCCUCGAUAUAUAUAAGGGGAAAGUGUUGCUUAUUGUCAAUGUCGCCUCCCAAUGUAGGUGCACAAACUCGAAUUACACCGAGUUAGCUGAGCUUUACACUCAAUUCAAGGAUAAAGGUUUGGAGAUAUUGGCAUUUCCAUGCGAACAGUUCUCGAAGAAGGAACCGGGAUCAAGCCAAGACGCAGAGCAAUUUGCAUGCACAAGAUUCAACGCCGAGUUUCCCAUGUUUCAAAAGGUGAAAGUGAAUGGAGCAAAUGCAGCACCAGUUUACAAGUUCCUGAAAUCAAAUAAAAAAGGGCAUUUUGGGGGUAGCAUCAAAUGGAAUUUCACCAAGUUUCUUGUUGACAGAGAUGGACAUGUCAUCAAUCGUUAUGGAACAACGACCUCCCCAGUGGCUAUCGCGGUCUCUCUCUCUCUCUCACACACACCUCUUUCCCUUAUUGAUACUGCCAAAUUCUGUAUUGCAUUGCAGGACGACAUAAAAAAGGCUCUGGGAGACGAAACUUGAAAGGAUUUA